CCUGGUGAGAUGUGGAGGUAAAAACGCAAUCGCUUCGCGCCAUUGUUCCGCGCACACACGCGCUCGACGGGAGACGGCAGAUGCAUCCGGUUCCAGACGGACUCUGUGCCGGGUUUUCGUUCCUUCCUCUUCAGAUCAAUGAAGUCGCAUCGCCGAACUCCUCGCGCACAGAGAGCGAGCGGCGCGGCGCGUCAGUAAGUCAGAGGAACCGCCGCGUGCGUCACGACCGGGAUCGAGGAUGGAGAAUCGUGCUGUUUAACGGCUCGGUAACGCUCGCGCUGAUCGUUUCCAUUCACGGGAGCGCAAGAUCCUCAAUCGCGCGGAUUGAUUGAUUGAUUAAUAGCGGAUUGUGCAGUGAUUUGGAGCAUCAUGGGCUGCGUCACUGGAGAUUUUCACCGGAGCAGGCUUUACGCGCUCCUCAUCGGGCUGCAUGUUCUCAGCGGUGUCUCCAGAACGCACGGCUCGGACGCCCGGCGGUCUUUCGUGGAGCUGCGGUUCGUGCUGGAGCCUCAGGACUCGGUGACGGUUCGGGGCGGUGAGCUGCAGCUGGACUGCGAGGCGCGCUCGGAUCAGGGCGUUCCGGUCAUCUCCUGGAAGAAGGACGGUGUUCUGCUGAGCGCGCUGGUGGACGAUCGCAGACGGCUGCUGUCUAACGGCUCGCUCCUGGUGCAGAGCGUGCUGCACUCACGUCACCACCGGCCGGACGAGGGCUCGUAUCAGUGCCUGGCCACGCUGGAGGGCCUCGGAGCCAUCGUCAGCCGCACCGCUAAAGUCACCGUCGCCGGUCCUCUGCGAGUGGUGGUCCCCACCGAGUCGGUCUCGGCUCAUCUGGGUGACACGGCUCUUCUGCGCUGUGAGGUGACCGGUGAGCCCAUGCCCGUGGUGCGCUGGCAGAAGAACAGGGAGGACCUGCCCUUGACCUUUGACCCUGACAGCAGAGUGGUCAUCCUGCCCUCUGGAUCUCUGCAGGUCAGCAGGGUCCAGCCGCCGGACUCGGCCACAUACCGCUGCUUAGCAGAGAACCCCAGCAGCUCCCGCACAGGCACAGACGCAGACCUGCGCGUCAUACCGGAGCCCGGGGUAGAGCGAGCGCUGAUGUUCCUCCAGAGGCCUCAGAAGGUCACGGCUCUACAGGGCAGAGAUGCGGUUCUAGAAUGUUCCGCCUCCGGCUUCCCCAACCCGUCCUUCUACUGGAUGAGAGGAGACGAGCUGGUCCAGAGCAGAUCAAAGAAGUACUCUCUCCUGAGCGCCAGCAACCUUCUGAUCAGCAGCGUCACAGACGACGACUCGGGAACAUACACCUGCGUCGCUCACAACAGACAGCAGAACAUCUCAGCGUCCUGCGAGCUCUCCGUGCUCGUGCCGCCUCAGUUCCUCAGCUACCCGUCGAACACAUAUGCGUAUGAAAGCACGGACAUCGAGAUGGAGUGUGCCGUGACGGGAAACCCGCAGCCCACCGUCCGCUGGGUGAAGAACGGAGAGGCCGUCAUUCCCAGCGACUACUUCCAGAUCGUGGAGGGCGGUCAUCUCCAGAUUCUGGGUCUGGUUCGGUCAGAUGAGGGUUUCUAUCAGUGCAUCGCUGAGAACGAGGCGGGAAACAGUCAGGCGAUGGCUCAACUCAUCCUGCUGCAGCCCGUGACCCCGAGCUCAGGCGUCCUCCCCUCUGCUCCUCGUGAUGUGGCCCCUGUCCUCGUGUCCAGCCGCUUCGUGCGCCUCGGCUGGCGGCCCCCAGAGGAGCCGCGCGGAACUAUCCUGACUUACUGCAUCUUCUUCUCAGAGGAGGGAAUCAACAGGGAGCGCAGUGUGAACGUGACGGAGGCCGAGAGUCUGCAGCUGACGGUCAGUAAUCUCAGACCCGAGGCCAUUUACUCCUUCAGGGUGGUGGCGUAUAACGAGCAGGGGCCCGGAGAGAGCUCAGAGGCCAUCCGACUGUCCACGCAAGCCGAGCUUCUGGUUCCUGGUCCAGUGGAGAACCUGCGGGCAGAAGCUGCAUCUCCAACCUCCAUCCAGACGUCCUGGGAUCCUCCGUCCCACACCAGCGGCCCCAUCCAGAGCUACAGACUGCUGUGGACCGAGACCUCCACCGCAAAAGAGCAGAACGUGGAGGUGGUGGGUCAGAGCUACAGGAUGGAGGGACUGAAGAAGUUCACCGAGUAUUCGUUACGAGUGCUGGCGGUCAAUCGACACGGACCGGGCCUCUCCGAUACAGACAUGCUCAUCACCACGCUCUCAGACGUGCCCAGCGCUCCACCGCAGAACAUCUCACUGGAGGUCGUCUACUCACGGAGCAUUAAGGUGAGCUGGCAGCCUCCACCUGCAAACACACAGAACGGAUUCAUCACCGGAUACAAGAUCCGCCAUCGCAAAACAGGCCGGCGGGGGGAACAGGAGGCCAUCGAGCCCAACAACCUCUGGUACCUGUUCACCGGAUUGGAGAAAGGCAGCCAGUACAGCUUCCAGGUGGCAGCGAUGACGGUCAAUGGCACGGGGCCCAGCAGCGAGUGGCACACGGCCGAGACGCCGGAGAACGACCUGGACGAAACUCAAGUUCCCAACCAGCCGAGCUCUCUGCACGUGCGUCCGCUGCCCAACAGCAUCAUCAUGAGCUGGACGCCGCCGCUCAACCCCAACAUCCUGGUGCGCGGCUACAUCAUCGGCUACGGAGUGGGCAGCCCAUACGCCGAGACCGUGCGAGUGGACAGCAAGCAGCGCUACUACUCCAUCGAGAACUUGGAGCCCAGCUCUCAUUACGUCAUCUCUCUGAAGGCCUUCAAUAACGCAGGUGAAGGAGUUCCUCUGUACGAGAGCGCCGUCACCAGAUCCAUGUCAGAUACGUCCACGCCCAUGAUUCCUCCCGUAGGUGUGCAGGCCGUGGCGCUCACAUCCGACUCAGUGCGGGUCAGCUGGGCCGAUAACUCCAUUCCCAAAAACCAGAAGACCUCGGAGGUGCGCUACUACUCCGUCAAGUGGAAGACAAGCCACUCCACCAGCAGCAAAUACAAGUCGGCUGAUACUACAGCUCUCAGUCACACUGUCACUGGACUGAAGCCCAACACCAUGUAUGAGUUCUCUGUUAUGGUGACUAAAGGACGCAAGUCCAGCACGUGGAGCAUGACGGCACAUGCCACCACUUAUGAAGCAGCACCAAGCUCCGCCCCAAAGGACCUGACUGUGAUUGGCCGAGAGGGACGUCCACGAGCCAUUCUGAUUAGCUGGCAGCCGCCGCUGGAGGCCAACGGACGAAUCACAGGUUAUAUCCUGUACUACACGCUGGACAAGAACAUGCCCAUCGAUGACUGGGUGAUGGAGCCCAUCGGAGGAGACCGCCUCACACACCAGGUCAUGGACCUCAACCUGGACACCGUCUACUACUUCCGCAUCCAGGGCAAGAACGCUAAAGGAGUGGGACCGCUGUCGGAGCCGGUGCAGUACAGGACGGCCAAAGUUGAGCAUCCAGAUAAGAUGGCCAAUGAUCAAGGUCGUCAUGGAGACAGCGGUUACUGGCCUUCUGACAAUAACCCGAUUGACAUGAGCAGCCUGAACGAGCCUCCGAUCGGUCAGAUGCGGCCGCCUCAUGGCAGCGUGACGCCGCAGAAGAACAGCAACCUGCUGGUGAUCAUCGUUGUUUCUGUGGGAGCCGUGACUGUGGUGGUGGUGGUGAUUGUUGCCCUGAUCUGCACCCGCCGCUCAUCCGCAGAGCAGAGGAAGAAACGUGCGACACACAGCACUGGGAAACGAAAGGGCAGCCAGAAAGAUCUACGACCUCCUGACCUCUGGAUCCAUCAUGAGGAGAUGGAGCUGAAGAACAUAGAGAAACCCUCGAGCUCCGCCCCCUCCGACCGCGAGUCGCCAAUCCAGAGCUGCCAGGAGAUGGCACCAGUCAGCAACAGCCAAUCAGAGAGCCAGAUGGGCAGCAAGAGCAGCCACUCAGGUGCAGACGGGGAUGAGGCUUCCAGCAGCAUUUCCACGUUAGAGCGAUCGUUAGCUGCCCGCCGGGCCACGCGCACCAAGAUGAUGAUUCCCUUGGACUCUCAGCCCAGCAACACACCGGUGGUCAGUGCCAUCCCAGUUCCCACGCUGGACAGCAGUCAGUAUCCGGGCAUCCUGCCGUCACCCACCUGUGGAUUCACCACACACCCCAAAUUCACCCUGCGGCCCAUGCCCUUCUCCACACUGAGCGUCGACCGCAGUUACGCUGCCGCAGAGGGCGCCGCUCCAAUGGCCCCGCAGCAGCCGCAGCCGCUGAUCCCCACGGCGCAGUCGGAGCCAUCGGGGUUGGAGGAGAUUCCCAGCCGCACCAUUCCGACCGCUUGUGUGCGGCCCACGCAUCCCCUGCGCAGCUUCACCAACCCACUCCUGCCUCCACCCAUGGGCACCAUCGAGCCCAAGGUCUACACGCCCAUGACAGGCGGGAGUUUACCCAAACCACAGGUGAAGACGGCCUCUCUGGGUCAGGCUGGGAAGGCCCGCUCUCCGUUACUGCCUGUGUCUGUGCCCACCGCUCCAGAGACGGGUGAAGACGGACAGAAGCAGACAGACGACCCGGCCAGCAUAUACGAGCAGGACGAUCUGAGCGAGCAGAUGGCCAGUCUGGAAGGUCUGAUGAAGCAGCUCAAUGCCAUCACGGGUUCAGCCUUUUAACACAGAACCUCUGAUUCACCUCAACCCCUCCAACGGGAUUAUAAAGGGAAAAUGACUCCGAAACCAAGCGUCUCUUUUCUAACACUGUCUGAGAUUUCAUACUGGUUUACGUACACGGCUGAGUGAAUCCAUCAGGAGGAAGACUGUGAGGAUUCCUGAGCUUCAUCUACUGACGGAAACCUUUCCCAUGGGAUUAUUAGCGAUUCAUCUCAAAACAGACCAAGUUGCCAAAAUGCAAUCUUUUCACUGACAUCUUGCCAAUCUAUUGCUGCCAAAACCCCUUGAAUACUCUUCACCAGGGAACUGUACGUUCACACUAGGAAGCGGUCGGAUGAAGCCGAGAAGAUGGGAUCGUUUAGCUCACGCAGCACUGAUUUAUGUUGUUGAUUGUUUGUUGUGUCUCUUUGUGAAUCUCAUAUUGGUUUAUUAUUUGACCGCAGUGACACUGUAAACCCCUGCGGUGUGCUCUUAAGUUCACGCUAUGUAUUUCAUCUCCAUCCAGGGAGAAAUGAACCACUUGUGCUGCCAAAACUGAUUUUCUUCCUCAGUAUUUUUGCAUUGUUUUCCGGUGAAAAUAUCAAAAUGUUCUUAAAUCAAGAUGCAUUUACUUGAGAAGUAAAUAUAACAAGUCUUCUGUUCUGAUAUAGACGUAAAUAUGAAGUCUACACUUACAACUAGAAGGGGGGGGGGGCGUGUUUAUCUUUCUGAACCCAUCUACAGAUAUAUUUUUUCCUGUUUUAAGCUUUUUUAAAAUAAGUCUUUUUUUCUCCAGGAAAAAAAGUGCACCAAAAAAACUAAACAAAAUCAAAUACAUUUUUCAGUAUAUUUUAAAAUAUUCAAAAAAAAUGUUUCCAAAAAAAAAAAAUCUGUAUUAGCAUAAAAAUUAGUUUGGCCCUUCAUAUAUUUUUAUCACAGAAAAUGCAUUCACAUUUCACACUUGUAGAGAAAAAAUUACAUGUGAACAUUUGAUAAAAAAAAUGUAGCUACUGUAAGAUUUUAAAUAUAUUUUCUUGCCCCUGAAAUACAUUUUGAAAUAUAUAUUUGGUAUAUGAAGGUUGAAUACUAAUAUAUCUUCAAUAUUUUGUUUAUUGUUUACAAUAUAUUUUGGCCAGCAUUUUCCCCCCUUUUUGAAUUUUUAAUGUUGGUAUAUUUGUACUGGAAAGCAAGUGAAAUCACUGAAGAAGAAACAGUUUUGUGGUCUUGUGUUGUUUGUGCUGUGACCGUGGUCAGUCGGUCAGCGGAGGAUGAAAAGGAGGACAAACAUGACAGAUGACUGAAUUCAUGCUAAUGUGACGCCUUUGAGACAUUUAAACCAUCAGCUUUCUGCUUUUUUUCCAUUUAUCUCUUUUUUCCUUUAAUGUCAGGAAGCACGAACAAGUCUUUUUAUGUGCCUAUAUAUAUUUUUGUUCACUUUAUUUAUUUGCUGUGCUGCGAGACAAAAGAUGGAUGAUGAAUGGAGGAUGAAAUGCGACCCUAUAUUUGAUAUUUUUCUGCUAGCGUACAGAUCCUGUAGCUGUUUUUUACUGUACAUAUGCAGCGAGCGACUGAUGGAUGGUCAUGGACUCGUUGGGUUUCUACGAUAUAUAUUUAAUAUAUGGUUUAGAUUGUUCCUUUCACAGUCAUUUAUGAAGACGAUGUGAUUAAUUCUAGAGCUUUUAUUUAGUCCAUUAGGAGAAUAAAGGAGGAGGAAUUCUGGGACGGAUUUUCACUGUGUUUCUGAAGGAAGAUGCUUUGCUUCAGCAUCGUAACACAUGUUGGGUGUCUGAUGUGUUCUGUGUGUCACGUUACAUGUGAUCGACAACAUUCCUGACGUCUGGAUUCUCCCACAAUCUUGAGCGUUCUCAUUCCCUCACAGUCCGUUCAUCUUUCUCACAGUGACGAUUCACCGUUAAAUAAUGUCAUUCAUUUAAAAAACUAAGCUCUUUUCUACAUCUGAUAUCAUAAUUGUUACUUUGUAAUCUCUCAAUUCAGACUUUUUUCCUGCAAUUAUGAGUUUAUAUCUCACAAUUCCUUUUUUCUUACAGUUUUCAGAAGUGAAAAUGUGUCAUAUUACACAUUCUUUUUUUUUUCUUAGAAUUGCAGGUUUAUAUCUCUUUUAUUUCUUAGAAUUCAGAGUUUGCAUCACAGAAUCGCAAGAAAAUAGUCUGAAUUGUGAAAUAAAAAGUCACAAGUUAUUUUUAUCACAUCUUAGUUCAUUUCCUGGUGAAGACAAUACAAGCAUCAUAUGACUGAGUUUUUCAUACCUCUAUCUGUGUAGAACUGAGCGGCGUUGGCAUGGUUUGUGUCAUACGGGGUUAAACAUCAUUCAUUUCCCAGAGACUCUUCCUGUAGUUGAGCAGUGCCGGGGCUGAUGGGAUUGAUCUCUGAUCAGCUGAUCAUUGGUGUGUCUCAGAAUCACCUUCAUGCAGUGACUAAUUAGUGGUGUUAAUGAUAGAAUCAGAAGGCAGCGUUGAGGAACAUGAGCAGACGUGUUAGAUCUUCUCUGCUCGCGAGAGGAGGAAUCAUUCUUAUGUGUAUUUUACUUCAUCCUUAAAUUGUCCAAUGUUAGCGUCGUUAACCAAAUUAGAGUAGUGAUUGAGAUCUGAAAUGCGGUUUUCCAGCCGCUGCCGAGUCGAACCCUCCGGCUGUUUCUACCCAUCACGUUGUAUACGAUUACUGGUUUUGUAAUGCACUGUAGAACAGUCCAAUGUUCCUUUUUAUAUAGAAAUGUUAUUUGAAUGGUGCAUUCUUUUUGUUUGAUAAAUAAAGCCUUUGAU